GUCAUUAUCCUCAAUAAGCCACCAAAAUACGCAAAAUACACAAAGCAGCUUUUAUUGAUACAGUGAAACAUAUCGAAUAAAUGAAUGUAUUUAUGUAUCUGGUAUUAUUUAUGUUCUCUGGGAGCCUGUAAACAGUGCUAGCACUGUUCGGUUUAUUCAUCUUUAGAAGCCACAUAUUGCGUUUUAUUUGUGCAGCACUGUUCACUUGAGGAUACUUAGGAGGAAGAUCAAAUGAAAACUUGAAACUCUAGAAGAAGCAAUCAGUGAAUUCAUGUUAAAAACCUGUAACAGGUGAUCGGAUGUAUUUGGUAACCACAGGGGAUUUUAUUAAGCAGUAAGCAGUAAGAUGGACAGUAUCAGUAAACCCACGUUUGAUCCUAAGGAGCACCAGCAUUUAAGGUACAAUCCCCUGCGGGACUCCUGGGUUCUGGUCUCGGCUCAUCGGAUGAAGCGUCCGUGGAAAGGGCAGGUGGAGAAACCUCCAGUGGACAACACCCCACGACAUGACCCGAACAACCCCCUCUGUCCCGGCAGCGUGAGAGCUAACGGAGAGGUGAAUCCUGAGUAUGACAGCACGUUCAUGUUUGACAAUGAUUUCCCUGCUCUCCAGCCUGACGCUCCAGACCCCGGCUCAGACCAUCAUCCACUUUUCCAAAGCAAAGCAGCCAGAGGUGUUUGUAAGGUCAUGUGUUUCCACCCCUGGUCUGACAUCACCCUCCCUCUCAUGCAGCCCGCAGAGAUCCGCAAAGUGAUUGACAAGUGGGCAGAUCUGAUUGUAGAGCUGGGUGCUGAGUACACGUGGGUGCAGAUCUUCGAGAAUAAAGGAGCCAUGAUGGGCUGUUCAAACCCCCAUCCUCACUGUCAGGUUUGGGCCAGUAAUUUUCUUCCCAACGAAGCGGCGCUGGCGGAGCGCUGUCAGAGAGACUUCCUGCAGAAGCACGGAGAGCCUUUGCUGGUUCAGUAUGCUCGAAUGGAGGCACAAGCACAGGAGCGUGUGGUAGUGGAAAACGAGCACUGGUUGGUGGUGGUGCCAUAUUGGGCGACUUGGCCAUUUCAGACGCUGCUGUUGCCACGACGACAUGUCCUCCGUCUCCCUGACCUCACUGCCCAAGAGAGAGACAGUCUGGCAUCCAUAAUGAAAAGACUCCUGACGAAAUAUGACAACCUCUUUGAGAUCUCCUUCCCCUAUUCAAUGGGAUGGCACGGGGCCCCGACAGGAAGUCAUCUACAGGAAGACAUGAGCCACUGGCAGCUUCAUGCUCACUAUUAUCCUCCUCUACUGCGAUCCGCAACCAUCCGCAAGUUCAUGGUUGGAUAUGAGAUGCUCGCUAAUGAACAGAGGGAUCUUACACCUGAACAGGCUGCAGAGCAGUUAAGGAAGCUUGGGGAGGAACAUUAUAAGAUGAAAAAAACUGAAGGUGAUGGAGGGAUGGAGAACUAAAAGAGUGUGACCUGUUGGCCACCUUCUGUGUCCAACGGCCAGAUAAUGAGAACAUAAAACUGUGAGAAACAGAUGGAGCUAUAAGACGACUCAUCUGUUUUAGUGCAAAGAGUUUAAAAUUUGAAAUAACUUCCUUUUGAAUUUUUUUUUUUUGUCUUUUCAUUCAAGUUAGAAGUUAAAAUUGGCUCCCAAGUUUUUGUUCAGGGCCCUAAAGGCCAAACCAUGUGAGCUGGUAAUUGCUUAGUUGAGAGCUAAAAUGAUUUUUCCGAAAAGUUUGAAAUGAUAAAUUGUAAUAUUUGCUUGUGUGUUUUAAAAAAAAAAAUGUUUAAUAAAGUUCAUCCUUUUU